CUGCUUCCGUCGUCCUCCUCUCGCCUUCUCAACGUCAUCGCUUUAUAGCGCGAAAGAUAAAAGAGGGUACCCCUCCCAGUACUUCCACUGUUAGAGGGGAAAGAGAAGGAAAGAAAGAGACGGUCAUGCGGAUCGCUGCUUCCGAUUCCCUCUUUGUCUCAGCAACUCCGAGAAAACCUUCGCAUGGAGAGCACAACCAAUCUCCGGUGAGAACUUCCUUCCUUCUCCAAGCAUCCAAGGGUUCGAGGCAUCGAACCACCGCGAAUCGCCAGGUUCAUUCGAUCAGAGCGGCUUUGAUCACCAAUCCAGAUGAUUUCGAGGUCGGAAGGUUCGUCGGAAGCUACGGAUUCAUGAACAUCACCAGCUACUCAUCAUUUCAAGCAGGAGGGAUUUCUAAUGUCAGCGGACUGCAAGAAUUCACUCCUGACUACUCGUCUGAGGACAUUGAGCGUUUGAGGGUCCAAGAUGUUGGAGAGGGCCAAGUGAAGAUCAGGCUUUAUGAAGGAAGAGUAACCCAAGGUACACUGAAGGGAACCAGAGUUAUAUUUAAGGUUUAUCCUGGACAACGUGCUGGUGGUAUUGAAGCAGAUAUGAUGGCUGCCAAUGAGCUAAGUACUCAUGCCUUCAUUCAAAGUGACUCCAGAAACAUCUGUCAGAAUAUUCAGUUUUUGUUAGGGGGGUUCGAGACAAAAACUGGAGAGCAGUGGCUUGCAUUUCGUGAUGAUGGGAAAUAUAGUGCAGCAGACUAUGCCAAAGUUAUGAGUGAAACAAUCUCAAAGAAUCUUGCUAAAGGAGAGCAGAAAUUUUGGAAUCCAUUUGAUCAGGAGCAAAAACUGAAGCGAAGGAGAUUUUUUGUUAUCAAACUACUAAAUGGAGCUAUGAAUGGCCUGGCCUACAUGCAUCACCAUGAUAGAUUACACCAGAGUCUCGGUCCUGCUUCUGUUGUUCUCAACACAAUAGCAGAGAAAGAUGCAGCUUAUUUAGUGCCACGUCUUCGUGACCUAGCCUUCUCAGUUGAUAUUGGGUAUUCAGCUAUAGAAGCAGGCCCUGGGGCAUUGUCAGAAGGACUAUGGCACCGAGCAUCUACAGCUGGUGCAUUUACUCCUCUGGAGAAACAAGCUUACGGAAUAGCUGAUGACAUAUAUGAAGCAGGGCUUCUUUUUGCUUACCUAGUUUUUGUUCCAUUUUGUGAAGCGGGCAUCAUGGAUGCCAUAUCCCUGCAAAGGCUUCUUGAAAGUACUUUUCAGCUUGACCUCAAUGCUGCAAGAGAGUACUGUUUAGCAGAUGACCGUUUACUAGAAGCUGUCAAAUUUCUGGAUCUAGGUGAUGGUGCUGGCUGGGAGUUGCUCCAGAUGCUUUUCGUAUCGCAGGCCAUGCUUAAUCCUGAUUAUCGUCAACGUCCAAUUGCAGAAGCAGUGCUGCGCCAUCGAUUUAUGACUGGAGCUAUUCUAUGAAUUUGUUGGAGAUCUUGUACACAGGCACAUAUCAAAUUAGUGGCUUCUAAAUGGCAAGUUAUUGAACUGUUCUACAAGUACAUGAUCACAAUAGUGUGUGUUGCAUUUCUGAUGAAGUUAGAAAAAUCAAGUCAUGAGUUAUAAAAAUUCCAGCUGUCCUACGAUUAUGUGGAAUGGUAGCUUCUUCCAGCAAUGAUGUAUUCUUUCUGCUGUAAUUACUUAAUGUGCUUGUGACCUUAACACUAGGUUGCGAAUCUCUCACCCGUUUGGAUGAAACAGAGUGAAACUCGGCAUGGAGUAAUCCAAUGUUGAAGGUUAAGCCGUUGCACUCCAGUAUGGGCACAUGACUAGUUUCUGAGUGUGUACUUGUGUCAAAUUUUUGGAGAGCAUCUCCAUUCUAAAGAUGCAAUUCCAAAGCUGUGCAAAAUAAUACUCCCAAUAACCAUAAUAGCUUUUAUGUAUAUCAAAUCUUCUUGGGCUUGGAUGAGCCCAUGCGGGCACAGGUGGCAUGUACUAUUCAUGCGGUUACUAUGGUUUUAUGUGUCAUUCAUUUAUUGCA